CUAAGUCAAAAUGCGAAACAGAAAGAGAUCAUGCACUCAGCCUCACCAACUCCGGUAUGGUUGGUGUUUUUGUAGCAAGAUGUAAAGACGACGGCUCUUACGAAAAGAAACAAUGCCAUGGAUCUACUGGAUAUUGUUGGUGUGUCGAUGAACUAUGUGGCGAAGAAAUCCCUGGGACUAGAAAAGGACCUGGUCAAGAUGUGGAUUGUUCAGCCAAGUCUAAGUCAAAAUGCAAAACAGAAAAAGCUCAUGCACUCAGCCUCGUCAGUUCCGGUAUGCUUGGUGUUUUUGUACCAGGAUGUAAAAACGAUGGCUCUUACGAAAAGAAACAAUGCCAUGAAUCUACUCGGUAUUGUUGGUGUGUCUAUGAACAAUGUGGCGAAGAAAUCCCUGGGAGUAGAAAGAGACGUGAUCAAGGAGACGUGGAUUGCUCAGGUAAGCACUUAGGCAAAAGCUACUCCUAGGAUUUGUCUCAAGUAGUAGUAGAAUAUAAAUCAAUAUAUUCGUUAGAUGUGCUGGA